UCCAAGUCCCUCUCUCUCUCCUCCUCCAUCCCACACGGCCGCUUUUUCUCGUCGCCCAUUUUAUGUCACAUCGAAAGAACAUCACAAACCCAAGCGACGAGGGACUCUGUGUCAUGCUAGAAUUCAUCCGCGCCUUCCGACCCGUGUAGGAUGGCGACCCCAGCGACCUCACGAAAGCCAAACGGCGCCUCGGGCGUCCUGUCCGCAAGCACUGCGCACGCAUCUAAUGAUGCGCCGAAGGCACCCAAGACCAGAGAGCCCCUGAAAGGCAGGAAAGUUGUCAUCCGCCGACUCCCCCCCGGAUUGAGCGAAGCCGAGUUCUGGGCCAUCCUCGGCGACGAGUGGAAAAGUCGCAACGGAAAGGUGGAUUGGACACGAUUCCAUGAUGGUCAAAUAUCGCAAGACCCCGCCUACCCAUCUACUCCGGCACGAUGUUAUCUCCAAGUCCAGCGAGCCGAAGACACCCCUUUGGUGGCCGACAUCGUCCAGAGGUCGACAUGGGAGGACGAGAAGCGGUCCUUCAACGACAGCGCCCUCGUCGGGCCACCGUACGUAGAAGUUUCUAUCUAUCAGAAGGUACCAACGAAAAAGAAACGGGCGGACCCUAAACAGGGUACAAUUGACCAAGAUUCCGAUUUCAUGGCUUUUCUUGACAGUCUUACGCAAGACCCAGCUCCCAAGGAAACCGAAGGCAACCAGGUCUCUGAAGACGCCGGUAAAGUCGAUGCGAAGGUCAACACUACCCCUUUGGUCGAGUUCCUCAAAGAAAAGAAGGCGAGCAAAGGGAAGGAGGUCGCCAGCGCGAAGAGCGGCAAACACUCUCGACACGAAUCUCAAAAUGUGAAGCCGAAGGGAAACCAGGAGGAUUCUAAGAAGAAGUCCAAGGAAUCCAAGGCCGAUAAACAUGAGAAGGCCGCAGGCAAGGAGAAGGAGAAAGUGAAGGAACCAGUGAAAAUUCUAAUAAAGAAGCCGGCACCCCAAGUAGCAGUCGAGGCAGCCAAACCUGCUAGCGGUGCCGGUACAAGUGCCGGUGCCGGUGCUAGCGCCGCUACCCAACCCGCUGCCAACAAACCAACCGAUGAAGCCCCCUCCAAGAUUCGGCGCGCUGGGAUUGCCGCCGCCGCCAAGAUCUUACAACGCGACCUCGGUCUCAGUCCCGGAAGCGCCCAUAGAAGAGCCCGCCAAGAUGCCGCCAAAGCGGACCAGGCCGUCAAGACCGAUACGAGCAAAGAGAAGGACAGCAAAGAUUCAACCCCUUCAGCCCCGGCGGCGUCAAGCCAGCCUUCUCCCGUACCCCCUCCUCCUGCGUCGACCGCGCCGAAAGCCUCAGCAGCAGAAGGCUCCCGCCGACCUCGGGGUGCAAAGUCGGCAAAGCCGAAUGCUUCCAACGAUUCUGCGAAAGGUAAGGGAAGUGAGGGCGCAAGCAACCCCCCUAAGCAGACCCAAAUUACCACUCCUGUCAUCUUGAAGAGAAAGGAUGAUGUCCCUCAAGCGGUCUCAGCAUCGACAGCCCCUGUCUCCACGGCUGCUUCCAGUUCGACCCCGGCUCCCCCGACAGGUCCUAAGGCUACCUCCAGUAAGGCAACCUCCAGCAAGCAAGGAUCUUCGUCACAAAAGAAGGCUUCUACCGCCACGCCGGUGACGGCGGGAAUGGUACGAGCUUUCAUAAAACACGCCAACGCCUCGCAGGGUAUCACUGAGGCCGUACUCAAGCAAACUAUGGAGGCUUAUGGUUCUGUCACGUUCGUCGAGAUCGACAAACGCAAAGGCUUCGCGUACCUCGACUUCGCAGAUCACGAGAGCCUAGUGCGAGCUAUUGCUGCAAGCCCGGUCACUGUCGCGCAAGGCGCUGUGCAGGUGCUUGAGCGAAAGGAGCCCAAGAAGCAAGCCUCCGCCCCCGUCCCCGCCCCUGCCCCCGCCCCGGCCCAGGUUCAAGUCCAGGCGGCGAGUGAAAAGACUGCCAGUGCUGGAAAAUCUACCAACGAUACAGCCGGCGAUCGUCCCAAGCGUGGUGGUCGCGGUCGAGGCCGGAAAGGAGCAGCCAACGCAAACAACGGGAAUGGGCCGAUUGAAGAGACGGCCAGUUCCGCAACACCUACGGAUUCUAAGGCCGCAGCCGGUUCAUGACCAAUAAUUACCACUAGAUGCUACUUUUGACUACGUAGUUGACCGUUACAUGCAGCGAAUCGUCUCUAAAGCUGGCAUAUGAGAGCCGAAUCAGCACACGAUGACUCCUUUGAGGGUGCUACGUCUCCUUUAUCAGUUGAGGGCGCGGAGAAGUCAUGGGGAAAGCUCCACUUCAUCAUGAGGUGGCUAGCCGCCGCUUGUGUCGUGCGAUAUCAUUUGGGGUAUCAUUAACUGGUGCCCUGUUCAGGGCCGACACGAUCAUCUGCUGUGGUGGCGUAAUCCGGCCGUUGAAAUGUGCGCUGGUUAAUAGGUGGACAGAGUUAGAGUCGGCCUUUUCCAGCGAGAAGCGGCUACUGCUGGUAUCGAGCAUACCUUACUAGUCUGGACGAAUCUGGGCCAAGAAGCAUCACCAAUAACGUAUCCUAGAUAUACACGGGUAAGGCUCUUUAGUGGUAGGGUUGCUUAUAAUGAUAUGGGGCAGUCAUUCAGACUUUGCUACUCCCUGAUUCUGUUGUCUCUAUUGCUUCGUGCUAAGAGCAUUGGCUGUGCACUGCUGUUCACCAUACUUCUGGGGGGGGUUAUCGGUUAAGUACAUAUGAAUAUAUGCAUACAUUAUGUACA